AUGAGUUACGAAAAGGUCUUAUCUUGUCAGAAUGAGUUAUCAACUAUUCAUUUUGAUAUGCUAGUCUGUGAUGAGGGUCAUAGGCUUAAAAAUAGCUCAAAUAAGGUUUUAAAAGUCCUUAAUGAUUUGAAAAUAUCUAAAAAGGUUUUGCUCACUGGAACUCCAAUACAAAAUGAUUUAGUCGAAUUUUAUAACAUCAUAAAUUUCAUCAAUCCCUCGGCAUUGGGUUCAUUUCAGUCUUUCCAGAAAGAUUUCAUUAAACCAAUCCUCAGAUCAAGGGAAGUAAAUUGUAUUAAUAGAGAUACAAUAAAACGAGGAGAACUCAAAUCUAGUGAAUUAAUAGAACUAACUAAAGAAUUCACUUUACGUCGUACUAGUAGUAUUCUUUCAGGUUACUUGACUCAAAAGACUGAUAUCAUUUUAUUUUGUCCACCUACUGAACUUCAGAUAAUGUUGUUCAAGUUCGUAUUGAGUUCUAAAAAAUUUAAUACAUUGCUAAGAGAGGAUAACUUUAAUAACUCUUUAACGUUGAUAACUUUAUUCAAGAAAAUCUGUAACUCUCCAAGUCUAUUGUUUCAGGAUAAACUUUUCAACUCGCUAAUAGAGAAUGAAGAAAGUUCCAUUGACUUGACCGCUUUGUCUAAAAAGACCGCAAGUAGCAAAGUAAACAUCUUAAUACCCUUAUUAAUUGAGAUUAAUGAAGUAGGCGACAAAACGGUACUUAUAUCUAAUUAUACACAAACGUUAGAUUUGCUUGAAACUGUUUUACAAAAGCUAAACAUAUCAUUUCUGAGAUUAGAUGGUUCAACUCCAAAUAAUUUAAGAGACAAAUUAGUGAACGAUUUCAAUAAGCAGCAUGUACUGAAAAAUUCAGUCUUCUUAUUGUCGGCAAAAUCGGGGGGAGUAGGGUUGAAUUUAAUCGGAGCGUCGAGGCUAAUACUUUUUGAUAAUGAUUGGAAUCCCUCAAUUGAUUUACAGGCGAUGGCACGAAUCCACCGAGAUGGACAAACGAAGCCUGUGUUUAUUUAUAGGAUUAUGACUACGGGUUGUAUUGAUGAAAAAAUCUUUCAACGUCAAUUGAUGAAAAAUAACCUAAGCGAUAAAUUUUUGGAUAACAAAACUGAUUCAAAGCUGAACUUAUUUGAUAUGAAUGAUUUAAAGGAUUUAUUCACGGUUAAUGAGAAGACAUUGUCUAAUACCCAUGAUUUAUUACAAUGUGACUGCUCUGGUAAAGGAGAAGAUAUCAGUUCAAUCAGUAUUGAUUCAGAUGAUACUAACGAAGAAUCUGACACUCCUAGAGGUUGGAUUACAGCUUUAGAUUAUAAGCAAGAGGAUCAAAAGCCGAAGAAACAGCAAGUUAGCAUGAUCAACGCAUUGAUUGAAUAUAAGCAUUACAACCCCAAUAAUAUUUCGGAGGGCCUAGAUUGUGGUGACUCGGUGACAAAAAAUAUAAUUCAAAAGUCAAAAGAAAGAUCAAUACCAAUACCCAUUACGUAUAUGCUUACUAAAGUAACAAAUUGCACAUCAGUAUAG